UGCGCCCUGUUAGACGCAGGGGGAGCGGCCGCCAUUGUCCGCCGCCGAGGUGAGGCGGUCACCAAGGCGGUGGUUCUGUAGGCGCUGUAGCCACUGAGGGCUAGGAGGGUCGGGAGAACGAGCGGAAAGGCGCGGCGCCUGCCAGCUGGGCCGGCGCGGCGCGAGGGCGGGUUCCACGUCUGCCCUUUCCGCGCUGGCUUCGCGCCCCCGUUUCUCCUGGUUCUCCCGCCUCCGGGCUCGGGGCCGCGCUCUGCCAACUGGCCGCGCCCGGGGGAGACCUGCACGUCGGGCCUGGCGCCGGGGCUCAGUGGUCGGCCGGGCACGUCUUUGUCUCCCCGGCCGCUUGCGAGGGUCCCAGGUGCACCGCCGGGCCGAACCCUGGAGCGGAACAAAAGUCGGACGCCCCCAGCCGAGCGCCCCCGAGCUUGCUAAGUCGCUUGUCCAGAGCGGCGGGGACCGGCUCGCGGGGCGGGGAGGCCGGGAGCCGCGAACCAGCGGGUGUUUUCUUGUCCUCGCGGGUUCGCCAGAGGCGCUGAAGGACAGCGAUGAACGCGGGAGGGGAACAGGCCUCGCUUCCUUGACGCUUGCAGUGACGGCGGACUUCGUUAAGUUGCAAACAGCGGUGCAGAAUAGUUUGCCUACUUUGAGUUUUGGAGCAGGUCCUGGUGUUCCUGGGGCCCAGUAGGCGCCCUGGUGCUUUAAGCGCGCUCCCAGGAAUCCGCAGAGCUCUGCCAGUUUGCCCUGGAGGCCUCAGAGAGGUCUUGGGACUUGUACAAAGACUUGGAACCUCCGGAGUUUGUGGUCUGGGCUCCAGGAAACACGACAGCCUUGGGCCUGAGAAAGGACCGCUUUUGUGGUUUCCAUCUUGUCAUUAGGUUGGUACGGCAGUUGUAUUCCGUCAGUUACCGGAGUCCCUAGCCCUGUGCAUCUGGGCAGGUACCUGGUCCAUUGAUCCUGUGAGAUGGCAGCCAUAAACCCGUGGGCCUCCUGGGGUGUCCUUACGGACCAGUCCUGGGGAAUCGCAGCUGUUGAUCCAUGGGCCUCCUGGGCUCUGUGUCCUCAGGACUGCCAUGUGGAAGAGAAUGCCAAGGAGGAGAGGAGGGCCACUGGGUUCCCGACAGCCCAAAUCCAGGAACCAGUGACCUUCAAGGAUGUGGCUGUGGAUUUCACCCAAGAGGAGUGGGGGCAGCUGGACCCUGUUCAGAGGACCCUGUACCGCGAUGUGAUGCUGGAGACCUAUGGGCAUCUGCUGUCUGUGGGGAAUCACAUUGCCAAGCCGGAGGUCAUCUCUCUGUUGGAGCAAGGAGAGGAGCCAUGGUCCGUGGAACAGGCAUAUCCUCAAAGCACUUGUCCAGAGUGGAUGAGAAAUCUUGAAACCAAAGCAUUGAUCCCAACACAAAGCGUUUUCGAGGAAGAACAAUCCCAUAGCAUGAAGUUGGAAAGAUACAUAUGGGAUGAUCCUUUGUUCUCCCGGUUAGAAGUCUUAGGAUGUAAAGACCAAUUAGAAAUGUAUCACAUGAAUCAGAGUACAGCUAUGAGGCAAAUGGUCUUCAUGCAAAAGCAAGUACUGUCUCAAAGAGGUUCUGAAUUCUGUGAACUUGGAGCAGAGUAUAGCCAGAACUUAAACUUUGUUCCAUCUCAGAGAGUUUCUCAAAUAGAACAUUUCUAUAAGCCUGGUACAAAUGCUGAAAGCUGGCGGUGCAACUCAGCCAUAAUGUAUGCAGAUAAGAUUACCUGUGGAAAUCUUGAUUAUGACAAAGCCUGCCACCAGUCCAUACAGCCUAUUCAGCCUGAAAAGAUACAAACUGGAGAUAAUCUUCUCAAAUGUCCUGAUGCUGUUAAAUCUUUCAAUCAUAUACUACAUUUUGGUGAUCGUAAGGGAAUGCAUACAGGAGAAAAACUCUAUGAAUAUAAGGAAUGCCAUCAAAUCUUUAACCAGAGCCCAUCAUAUAAUGAACAUCCACAACUUCAUAUUGGAGAAAACCAGUAUGAUUACAAAGAAUAUGAGAAUAUCUUUUAUUUUUCAUCAUUUAUGGAACAUCAGAAAAUUGGUACUGUAGAGAAAGCCUAUAAAUACAAUGAAUGGGAGAAAGUCUUUGGGUAUGACUCAUUCCUUACUCAACAUACAAGCACUUACACCUCAGAGAAACCCUAUGAAUAUAAUGAAUGUGGGACAUCUUUUAUCUGGAGCUCUUACCUUAUCCAGCAUAAGAAAACACAUACUGGAGAGAAACCCUAUGAAUGUGAUAAAUGUGGAAAAGUGUUUAGGAAUCGUUCAGCCCUUACUAAACAUGAGCGGACUCACACUGGAAUAAAGCCCUAUGAAUGUAAUAAAUGUGGAAAAGCCUUCAGCUGGAAUUCUCAUCUAAUUGUACAUAAAAGAAUUCAUACAGGAGAGAAACCUUAUGUAUGUAACGAAUGUGGGAAAUCUUUCAACUGGAACUCCCAUCUUAUUGGACAUCAGAGAACUCAUACUGGAGAAAAACCUUUUGAAUGUACUGAAUGUGGGAAGUCUUUCAGCUGGAGCUCCCAUCUUAUUGCCCAUAUGAGAAUGCAUACUGGAGAGAAGCCCUUUAAAUGUGAUGAAUGUGAAAAAGCUUUCAGGGAUUACUCUGCCCUUAGUAAACAUGAAAGAACUCACUCUGGAGCAAAACCAUACAAAUGUACGGAAUGUGGAAAAUCCUUCAGCUGGAGCUCCCAUCUUAUUGCACAUCAGAGAACUCACACAGGAGAGAAACCCUAUAACUGUCAGGAAUGUGGCAAAGCAUUCAGAGAACGCUCAGCCCUCACUAAACAUGAAAUAAUUCAUUCUGGAAUCAAGCCUUAUGAAUGUAAUAAAUGUGGAAAAUCCUGCAGCCAGAUGGCUCACCUUGUUAGACAUCAAAGGACUCAUACUGGAGAAAAGCCCUAUGAGUGUAAUAAAUGUGGGAAAUCCUUCAGCCAGAGCUGUCACCUUGUUGCUCAUCGGAGAAUUCACACUGGUGAGAAACCCUAUAAAUGUAAUCAAUGUGAAAGAUCUUUUAACUGUAGCUCUCACCUUAUUGCACAUCGGAGAACUCAUACUGGAGAGAAACCAUACAGAUGUAAUGAAUGUGGGAAGGCAUUUAAUGAGAGUUCUUCCCUGAUUGUACAUCUUAGGAACCAUACUGGAGAAAAACCCUACAAAUGUAAUCAUUGUGAGAAAGCUUUCUGUAAGAAUUCUUCUCUUAUUAUUCAUCAGAGAAUGCAUAGUGGAGAGAAACGCUUUAUAUGCAGUGACUGUGGAAAAGCCUUUAGUGGUCACUCAGCCCUACUUCAACAUCAGAGAAAUCAUAGUGAAGAGAAACUGUGAAUUGAAUUGAUAGAUCUUUCUUUUAUUGUACAUUUGGUAACACAUUAAAAAAGAAAAAAGAACCCUAUAAACUAAGAGGGGAAAUUUUUUAGUAAGAAUCCAGGAAGACUUAACUACUCAAUAGAACAUAUCUUCUUAGAAGAAACCUAUGAAAGAAAAGACUGGAAAAAGCUUUUCAGCAGUUAUGUAGCCUUUAUUUAACAUCAGAUAAUUGCAGUGAAGAAAACUCCAAACUCCCCUAAUGGUCCACCAGGAAUCCUAUUUAAGGAACAUGAAUGUAGGGAAUGAGACUUCUUUUCGCAAGAGAUUUCAGCUAUUCGUGGAUCUGAGUGCAUUGUUGAGGGGAAAACCUUAUUCUGGGAAAAGUUUUUCAAAGACAGUACACUGUUUUGCAUCAAGCUGGAAUGAUGGAUCGGAAACUUAGUGGAAGUACAGAUUUUGCUGUUGUAAAGGGAGGAUGUGGGUGCCCUUUAAGGAACAGAAUAUGAAAUACUAAAUUUGAAUUUAAGAAAAAAUAGUAUUGAACGGGGUAUUUACUAUUGAUCAAGAUUAACCUUAGAAAAGAUUAGUAAAUGAGAUUACUAAUGGUGGAAAGAUUAUUACCUAGAAGUGUGAGACUGAUGGUAUUAGAAGAGGUGACAGUUUAUGACCCAGAGUGUCAGUGUCCAUGGUUCACUUAUGAUUGCAUCGUUGGACAAUUCAUUUGUAAUUUGUUUUAGGCAAUCACUAAAGGUUAUAAUUGUGGACACUGCUUCAGUAUACAUAAUGUUAAGGAAUGAAAGAAUGCAAAAUUGUACAUACAUAUCAUAACAUCUUAAAAAAUGUAUACCAUCUGGAUAGAGACUGGAAGGACCCAUGGAGAAAUUAACCUUGUUAACUUAAGAUUUUUUAAAAAGUUUUAUAAACACAUACAGCACUUAUCAUGUGCUAGGCUUUGUUUUAAAUGCUUUUCAAAUAUUAACUUGUUCAGUCUCCUUAAUUCUAUGAGAUAGGUACCUUUAUUAUCCCAAUUUUAUAAAUGGAGAAAUUGGGGCAGAGAUGUUGAGAAACCCACUUAAGGACACACAGCUAUUAAGAAAUGGGAUUGAGAUUUUUGGCUUCAGAGUCAUGUUUUUAACUACUAUGUUAUGCUGUCUCUCCAGUGAUCUUUUUCUAUUUUUUUUUCUUUUGUUCAGUUUUCUAUGAUAGAUAUUUAAUAAUAAAAACCCAGAAAUCAUGGAACAAUGAGAAAGUUACCUUGCUCUCUUUCCUGAAUGAUUUCUGGUAACAUGAGAGCUACACUUCCUUUGGAAUAUGAAAUCUGGAUUAGACAUUCAGAAUCAGUGCAUUUUCUGGGACCUGGGUUCCCUAGGAUUUCACUACCCACAACCCUGAGGAUUACAGCACAGCAAUGGCUGGGAGACUCACCGGAGGUAUGGGCAAUGCUGAGGAAUGUCCCUUGAUGGGUUUAAAGUGGCACUCACGGCACACACAGCAAGAGACACUAUUGCACAUGGGAGCACUAUUUCUCAAGGUCUCCCUCAAAUUGUUCAAAUGCACUCCCUCAAAGUGUUCUUUCUUCUCCAGCUGAGAAGACUGCUUGAUAGUAGGGGGACUUCAAAGGGAAGGAAGCUCACCAAUUCAUUAGCAUGAAGAGUGGCUCCUAAUGGAAAGGAGGCAAGAUGGUUAAGAGGAUUUAGGUCCCUUCUCUCCCGUUUACAAAUAUUUCCUGUAUUUUCCUAAAGUAGGGCUAUAAUUAGAGGCCAGCAAUUCUUGGAUAGGUGUCAAGGUUAUGGGUUGGAAAUCUAGGAUGCAAAAGGUUCAUCUAGUUCUUGCAGGGCCCAUGACCCUCCCGUUGGUUGAGAAAGUGGCCUACUGGCGUGGGGAGGCUGUGUUCACCAUCUGACGCCUGUAGCUGGAACUCACAUAGGUAUGUCACACCUGUUUCCCUACCUCUCAGGGCUUAAUGCAGAGUGGUCACCCAAUAAAUGUUACAAGAGUAAAUUAACUGAAUGGAUUUCUUACAUGAUUUGUGCAAAGACCUUUAGAAUAGAAUUAGCAGCAUCUCUGUUAGAGAAAGCAGUAUGUAUCAAGUCAUAUUGUCAUUACAUGGGUAUGGUAUUUUAAUACCCGAUGUAAUACACUUGGAGCAAAUCCGGUUUCUCUGAUUUAGGGACCCCAAAGGAUCUCAUAAUUCAUAUCCAAUAUUAUGCAAACAUCUUGACAAAUUAUUGUCUAUUCCCCAGCUUAAUAUUCUUUAAAUUUUUUUUUCUAAAAGUACCUCUUGUGGCCCAGCCCAUAUCACAAAUCAAAAGAAAGUUUCAGACUUUUGCUUCCUCCUGGAAGGAUCCCCACAUCUCUACCACCUAUCAUACAGCCUUAUGUGCACAGUGUGGUUUGGAUGUCAGGACUCCCAGGCCCCCUCGCCUCCCUUAUUCUAACCUGUGUAUAGCUCAGUUCAUUGCCCUCUUGACCUUAUCUUCAACUCCUCGUCAGCUCUGGAAUCUUGUGUUGGGCCCACGUGGAACUCUUACUCAGCCAUGAGUUCUCCCCUCUCACCUUCCUGCUAUGAUUGAAGCUGGGAUCUCACCUAUGCAGUAUCUCUUACGGUGGCUCCUUUCCCUCCCACUUUUCUCAUUUGUUCCUUCUAGAUUGUUCCUCCCUUCUCUCUAAAACUUACCUCUGUUUUCUUGGAACAAGAGACCAUCAUUCCUACUUUCCUUCAUUGCAGUCAUCUAAUGGGUCACUCAUCCACAUAUCAAAGAUUUCAGCACCUGUCUCACUGCAUCCAGAACCACCUCCACCAUAACACCCUGGUUCCAUCAUCCAUCUAGAUGAUCUUCCCAUGUCCUGACCUCAGGUCUUUGGCCCCUCUGCACAUGGUUUUGUCAACCAGUAGGACUAUUCCAUUACUAGUGCCUGGAAUACCUUCACCUCCUGUUACCUAAGCUGGUUGGCUAUUUGGUAUCAACCUUCCAAUAGUCCCUUGACUUAACCUUCCCUCAUGCUCAGUGCCAGCAGACGACUUUGCUUCCUAUUUUGCUGAGCGAACAGAAGCAAUCUGCAGAAGCCUGCCAUGACAUCUACCUACCUUCCACAGUGUCCAUGCUUUCCCAGAGACACCUGUAUAUGAACUCACUGGGCUGGCUCCAGAGCCUGUCUCUCCUCCCUACUACUAAAGGGCAUUGUUCCAGCAGCUUCCCCUGUCUCAUAUAUCAUCAGAUCUUCCCUGUGUACUCACAGGUGUACCCUGUGUACUGGAUUAUUCCCACCAACAUGCAAACAUGCUUUAGG